GUCCGCAGCAGUAUCCGGUGGGGCAGCGGUCCAGGGCUCGGGGAAAAAAAUCGAAGCGAGGAGGAUCUGGUAACGGUACGCUUCAGGAGAGGAAAAAAACUAUCAUCCAUCCCGAGUCUCUAGCGAAGGGCUCGGCAGGAAUUCUUCCGCUUCUUUACAAAGGUUAGAGGUUACAGAGCAGCGUUACAGUUGUCGUCAUGGCAUCUGGAAGUACGAACAGUGAGGAGGAGAGGAGCCUGAGGGAGUGCGAGCAGUACGUGCAGAAACACAACAUUCAACAGCUGCUGAAGGAUUGCAUUGUCCAGCUGUGCACCUCCAGGCCCGACAGGCCCAUGGCCUUCCUCAGGGAGUACUUUGAGAGACAGGAGAAGGAGGAGGCCAAGCAGAUCCAGAACCAACAGAAGGCCAGUAGUUCCCGUUCAGACUCACGAGAUGAGGAGGUGUCUCCACCCAUGAAUCCCGUGGUCAAAGGUCGCCGGCGGAGAGGAGCCUUCAGCGCAGAGGUUUACACAGAGGAGGAUGCAGCCUCGUAUGUCAGAAAGGUCAUUCCAAAAGACUACAAGACAAUGGCAGCGUUGGCCAAAGCUAUUGAAAAGAAUGUGCUUUUCUCCCACCUGGAUGACAAUGAGAGGAGUGACAUUUUCGACGCCAUGUUUCCCGUCACCUACAUCGCUGGGGAAACUGUUAUUCUGCAGGGUGAUGAAGGCGACAAUUUUUACGUUAUCGACCAAGGGGAGAUGGACGUCUAUGUGAACAAUGAAUGGGUGACCAGCAUCGGAGAAGGAGGCAGCUUUGGAGAGUUGGCCCUGAUCUACGGCACCCCGAGGGCGGCCACCGUCCGAGCCAAGACCAACGUCAAGCUGUGGGGCAUCGACAGAGACAGUUACAGGAGAAUACUUAUGGGAAGCACUUUGAGAAAGAGGAAGAUGUACGAAGAAUUCCUCAGGAAAGUGUCCAUAUUAGAGUCUCUUGACAAAUGGGAGCGUCUGACAGUCGCCGAUGCCUUGGAGCCCGUCCAGUUUGAGGAUGGACAGAAGAUUGUUGUGCAGGGAGAACCUGGAGACGAGUUCUUCAUCAUCUUAGAGGGUUCUGCAGCCGUGUUGCAGCGUCGCUCAGAGAACGAGGAGUUUGUGGAAGUGGGAAGAUUAGGACCAUCAGACUACUUUGGUGAGAUCGCUCUGUUGAUGAACCGUCCCCGCGCCGCCACCGUCGUCGCCCGCGGCCCCCUCAAGUGUGUCAAGCUCGACCGACCUCGCUUCGAGCGCGUCCUGGGUCCCUGCUCGGACAUUCUCAAACGUAACAUCCAGCAGUACAACAGCUUUGUCUCGCUGUCUGUCUGAAGUCCCAGUCCCUCUUCCUCCUCCUCCACCCUUUUCCCUCCUCCUCCUCCUCCUUUUAGACCCAGGGUCCACCAAUGCAAUUUGCUUUUUCGUCACUCUCCUCUUCUUCUUCUUCUUCUUCUUCUUCUCCUUUUUUCCUUUUACCUUUUUUCUUCUUCUUCUUCUUCUUCUUCUCCCUUUUGUUUUUACACACAGUUUAUUUUGUUGUCGGGCAGAGGUGACUUUUAGCCAUUCACCAGCGCUUGUACCAGCUGCUGUACGCUACCUUGUAGGCACAGUUACAUCACGUUACCUGCAUUUUAUAUAGGUGUAUAUAUACAUAAAUACUUACGUAUAUAUCUAUAUAAAUUGCUGGUUUUGCUUUUGUUAUUAGAAGUGAACAUAAAACAGGAUUGUUUGCAGAUCUGACUGACAUGUGGGUCUCACACUGAGGAGACAGGACAAUCAAACUUUACAUGGCGCUUUUUGGUGACUUUGUUACAGAUUCAUGUUGCGGUCGGAUUAAAGCGAGUUUAAUCCGCAUUUUACAGUUUGUUUUUUUGUUUUCUUUGACAUCGCUUUAGUCUUUACGUGAAGAGUGAAGCAGGAGGAACUUGACUGCUCCCACUUCUGGUUUUUUUUUGUUUUUUUUAGCUGUGAAUUGAUGCUCCGGUUGUGAUUUUCAGUGACUUUUAAAUUUGUAGAAUGAGACAACGACGAUGGUUUUUGCUUGGUUUAUGUGAGAGAGAGACUGAGAGAGCGAGAGCUUGUGCAACCUAAGGUUCUUAUUUAAAUGUGCGGCUGCCAGGCUAGUGCCAAAUGUUGAUUAUUGUCAUGACGCAACGAUGCAUAGCCGUGGGAAAAAUGCAGUGGGUGUUCCGUUCCCCCCCUUACUCUUUGAGGCUCCAAACAGGAAAUAUGACACUUUUUCCACUAUACAGUCCCGGCACGGCUCUAAUCUACAUGGUUUGGUAUGGUUUUCCAUUACUAUAGUACCUCCUCAACGUGGCCGAAUUCAUAGCAUGGCUACAAAAAAGAAACAGCUGUGACGCGGUUUUAUAUGCAACACAAACGCACAAAAUAGUGACUUGUAAAGUAGGUGUUUUCAGUCAUUAGAAUCAGUUGAUUCUAACAUCUAAUCCAGUGAUUCCCAAACACUGGGUCGGGGGCCACAGAUGGGUCAUGGGACAUUAUUUGGGGGGGUCAGAAAAAAAAUUAUUUGCAGAAUUUUCCCCAACCUUUUUAGUGAGGAUUUAUGUGUAAAUAUGAGAAAUAAUUUGUUUGCUCUUCUCACAAUUUAUGUUGGGAUUUGCGUCACAAAAGUUUGCCGCCUUUAAAAGUGGUUGCCAUGACUUCAUAUUCUUCCUCGACGACGUCAUAGCACAGCCGCGGCGAGGUUUUAUACACGACACAAACUAGUGACUUGUAAAGCAGUUGCGAUUCGGCUCAGUCGCUGGAUUUCAGCGGUGCUGUCGGUAAAUACUUCAGACUCCUCUGUUAAAUAUUGACAUUUUAGACCUUUCCUUUGCUAAAUGUUGAAGAUUAACACACGUUUUUCAGGGAUUUUUAAGUAUUUUUAACUGAUAACUCGGUUUAUAUUCAUGUGUCGGACGUCCCACUCAUGACUCUUCCAGUGACGACACUCUCUGACCAAUCAGUGGCCGGCAGUCUGUUGACAUCACAAUUUAGUAUCGGCUCAGCUCGUUUAGAACCUCGCCAGAGCAGGUACUAUCCAAAAAAUAACGUGCCGUGUCGGGACUGUGUAGUGGAGAAGCGCCAUUACGUUAUUAUUAUCAUUAUUAUUAUUAUUAUUAUUAUUAUCGUUCUUAUUACCCUCACUGUAAUCGGUAGACUGUCCAUACAAGAACUGCCUCAAGGAAAAACUAUUAAAUAAGAAAAUAUCUCAAAAAAAACAAAACACAGUAUUACAUGUAUUUCAGUAUUCUUUUUUUUUUUUUAAGUAUAUACCAAAUAACUUGGUCACUCUUCUGCUAUGGUUUGUAAUCAAAAAUGUCCUCAACAUAGUAUAGUAAAAAUAAAAAAAAUCAUUGACUCAAUGAUACACUUAUGUUUUUGGAGUGAUGGUGAUCUUUAAAAAAAAAAAACAGGAAAAAAAUAUAUGUUUAACUGUCUUUUGUAAACACUUAUUUUUCCAUAAAUUCUAUUUUAGGUGUCCAGUGCCACAGAGUAAAUAAAUGCUUCUUCUUCUCCU